CAGCGUACAGGGAGGCGAUGCGUCUCGGUGAAGUUACGUAUGUGUGUCGUCCAUACAGAGACGCAGAGGCCCUCAACAGCGAAAUGCCCACCCUAAAGAUAAGCGCCACAGUUCCCCGGGUUGACGACGACGACGCCAGUGACGAUCGCCCUAUGCCACUGAUAGAGUUGAGUGUCCCCAUCGACAUGCCCGUGACUCGUGAUGAGAUUGACGAUGUCGACCCAUCUGCCGAGCCUGCCAUAGACUCAACAAAUCUGUCUGCCGACGAUCGCUCCGAUGGCGACAUGAAUUUCACCGACAUGGAGUUCGACGUGACAGACGUCAUUGACGUACUCGAACCCAUCCAAGAGGACAGUUUCAACGCGGCGUUGCCAGAGACAGUCCUCGAGGACAGGGCGUCACCUACACUGUAAUUGAGCGUGGCAGUCAGAAACGAAAACCCAUAUUCGUUACAAACCUAGGCUACACGUAUUCC